UGAUGGUAUAAUCCAGUGUUUCUCAACCUUUUUUCAGUCAAGGCACCCUUUAAAAUUAUGGACAGUCUUAACGCACCCUUUGGAAUUAUGGACAGCCCCGUGGCACCCUUUGGAAUUAUGGACAGUCCAGAGGCACCCUUUGGAAUUAUGGACAGUCUUGAGGCACCCUUUGGAAUUAUGGACAGUCCCGAGGCACCCUUUGGAAUUAUGGACAGUCUUGAGACACCCUUUGGAAUUAUGGACAGUCCCGAGGCACCCUUUGGAAUUAUGGACAGUCCCGAGGCACCCUUUGGAAUUAUGGACAGCCCCGAGGCACCCUUUGGGAUUAUGGACAGCCCCGAGGCACCCUUUGGGAUUAUGGACAGCCCCGAGGCACCCUUUGGGAUUAUGGACAGUUGGGACUCACCUGCCUUGUGAGCUGCAGUACCAGGGCUGGCCAGCGGGUGCUCCCAGCAAUCAGAGACUCAACCUUGCAGCCAGUCAAACACCUGGAACUAAUUAUACUGCGAUAUUUAAGGGACAUUCAGACCUGCAGAC